GCCACUCAAGAGUUGAACGAGAGAGCCAGUCAAUCGUAAAGAAAACGUGUGACAAGUUGAAGCAAGGACGAUUGCUUUCUCCCUUCAUGCUCUUUGAACAACACAAUGUCUGAUGUGAAAGUGUGUCCCACUGUGAGUGCAAAUCCCGCUCCGCCUGAAGUCAUAAAUUCAAAGAUGCCUGGGCGCAUAACCAAUCAGCUACAGUAUCUGGAAAAGGUGGUCAUCAAAGCUUUAUGGAGGCAUCAAUUUUCAUGGCCCUUUCGCCAACCGGUUGAUGCAGUGGGAUUGCGUCUUCCAGAUUAUUAUACAAUAAUAAAAAACCCCAUGGAUCUGGGCACUAUUAAGAAACGUCUUCAGAACAAUUACUACUGGCAAGGAGCUGACUGUUUAAAAGACUUUAACACCAUGUUCACUAACUGCUAUGUUUACAAUCGGCCUGAAGAUGACAUUGUUUUUAUGGCACAGACCCUGGAGAAGCUGUUUUUGCAGAAAAUUGCUAAAAUGCCAAAAGAAGAGUAUGAAGUCUCAACAAUAACCUCAAAGGAACCAGUUAAAGGAAGAAAGACCAGUGCAGGUGCAGUGAAGCAGAAAUUCAACGUAUCAGAGGUUGUUGUCCAGCAAACAGUGACAGUCAUUCCUCCUGAUGCUCCUAAAUUCCUCCAACCCAUUAGAACCUCUGCAAACAUUGAUACAACUACCAAAAAAGGCUUGAAGAGGAAAGCAGAGCCCACAGCCACCACCACCUCAGGGAUCACCAGCAGUGAUGUUUCUUCUGCUGGGGAUCAUCCAGCACCUUGUACAUUAUUCUCUAGACGAAGACCUAUCAAACCGCCGAAGAAAGACUUGCCAUCCUCUGAGGGCAAGAAGACCAGACUGUCUGAGCCGCUCAGGUACUGCAAUGAUAUUCUGAAAGAGCUGCUCUCAAAGAGACACUCUGUGUUUGCAUGGCCAUUUUAUACCCCUGUUGAUGCCGUCGCUUUGGGCUUGCACGACUACCAUGAUAUUAUUAAACAGCCAAUGGAUCUUGGUACCAUCAAGAAAAAGAUGGAUAAACGAGAGUAUGCUAACGCAAAGGAAUUCGCUGCUGAUGUUCGACUGAUGUUCUCCAACUGUUAUAAAUACAAUCCACCAGCACAUGAGGUGGUCUACAUGGCAAGAAAACUGCAGGAAGUUUUUGAGGCCAGAUUUCAGAAAGUUCCUCAAGAAUCAGAGCCUUGUCCCUUACUUGAAGUCGAAAUGGGGAAACCAGACAGAGUUGGACAUCCGUUGACCUCUGCAAGUUCUGAAAGUGAAAGCUCCUCAGAGACAGAGAUGUCAUCAGAAGAGGUGGCCAUGCAGCUGGUCAGUCUGAAGGAGCGGUUGAAAGCUGUGAGUGACCAGCUGAAGAGACUCAGCCAAGAGCCCCAGCUGAAACCAAAGAAGAAAGAGAAAUUGAAAAAAGAAAAAAGAUCCAAAGAAAAGUUUAUCAGUAGGCUAAAGGACAAAUCCGACAAAUACAAAUCUAUGGUUGAAAAAAUGGCUAUCUGCAAGAGCUCAAAUAUGCGCGACACCGGAGACAUUGUCCAUGGAGUACGUUCAAACUGUGAAAAGCUCUCAUCUAAACCAGUGACAUACCGGGAGAAGAAGCAGUUAAAACAAGACAUCCACAAACUCCCUGGUGACAAGCUGGGCAAGUUGGUGAAGAUCAUUCAUGCCAGAGAGUCGUGUCUGCGAGAUUCCACUCUUGAGGAAAUUGAGGUUGACUUUGAACUCCUCAAGUCUUCCACACUGAGAGCCCUGCAGAAGUUUGUGGGGACAUGUUUGAGGAAAGGCAACAAGAAUGUUAGCAAACAAAAGCAGGUAAAACCCACAGGAGGAACGAAAGCUGUGAAAUUAAAGGAGGCUGAAAAAUCUCAGGUUGUCAGGAGAGAGCAGAACUUAAAGAAAAGCAAGCCAGUGGCCAAAGCAAUUACAUCUCCUGACCUCAACUACCCUUCAUGCCUCAGUGAAAGCAGCAGCAGCUCGUCAUCAUCCAGCAGCAGCGGUAGUAGUAGUAGUAGUAGUUGUAGCACGCCUGAUAGCAGUGACUCUGAAUCAGUGCCAAAAACAAAGAAGCAGAGAAUAAAGAAGUCUUCCCAGAAGACAAAGUGUAAAGAGACUAACCCUGCCCAAAGUGGGCUAAUAUUGGGGACAAAAGAUUUGUCAAACACCACAGUCAAGACAUGUCAGGUCCUUCCUACUGUGCUGUCAUCGGUAGAAGAACCCACCCAAAGCCAUCAAACACUACUAAAAGCAGAGCAGACCUUUGAUGAGUUGACUUUAUCACCUCCAGAUCUGUCAACCCUUUUAUCUCCCAUGGUUUCCCCAGUAACUCUGCUGGACUGGGCAGCUGCCAGAUUUGAGCAGGGUCCAGUGCUGUCCCCUCUGAGAGAGAGUCCACUUCCAUCUAAAGAUGAGAUGAGAUCCAAUUUCAGCUUCCCUGAGGAUUGUCCUGACAAUCCAGAAACCAGUGUGCCUUACACAAACACAGAAAAUACACCUACUGAAGAGGAAAAACCUCAAAUAACCAAAAAGGAAGUAGCUUUAAAAAAUGCACUGUCUUGGGCGCGACUGAUGAAACAGUCAGUCACUCAACCUGCAAUCAAAUCGUCAAAAGAGAGCUUCCAACAGUUCCGAAAGGCUGUGAUUGAGAAGGAAGAACGUGAAAAAGCACUGAAGAAGAAACAGGAGGAAGGAAACAAGGAGCAGGAGGCUCCUGAAAAGAGCAGCUUACCUGGCUCAUGUAAAGUAGAAAUAAACUCAGCAUCUAUGAAGGAGGAGACUGAUUCACCAGAGAGCAUUUCCACAGAGGCUACUGUAGACUCUCCAAAAGAUACCGAGCAGCAGAAGUCUCCAGUAGAAACCCAGCCUGUAACCACACAGUCCUCGGUAGACAAAGAAAGAGAAAUGGCCCGUAAAAAGGAGCAAGAGCGUCGCAGACAAGAGGCUCUAUCCAGCAUUGACAUGUCUAGGCAGUGGGAGAUCAUGAAUAAGUUUGAGCUGGACAUGGAAUAAAAUGUUGGGAUUUACCUGUGGGAGCAACCACUUUUCAAAACUUCAGUCUCAUAAGUGAACAUCUUGAAUUGUUGGAACUCUCCUGGCCUGACAACUUUACAUCAAUGCUGUUUGUUCUUGAGACUAAGAGUUAAAUGUUAAUCUAGAUUAAAGACGUGGAAAAAGUUAUAAAAAGAGUUCUGCCCUUAAGUUGUGUUUGCAAUGGUUAUUGAUUGUGAACUGAUCAACUUUUCUUCCCUUUGAGAUGAUCAGGGUGAAGCACUGAAAUUCAAAUCUGUAGGGAACAUGUGCUUGUUAGUAUGAUCCUUUCAAAUCCAGAUGAUUCCACCUACAGCCCAUGGCUGUGUAUGAUAAGCUUAUUAACACAUCCAUUUAUUCGUUAAAUUCCUCUUUUUUUUAUUUGUGCUGUCGUGUGCAUUAUUAUUUCUUCUUAAAUUAAUUUUUCCCUUUGAUAAACCACUGUGUCUCCGUUUAUAAUCACUCAUAAAAUACUAAAGUUUACCAAAACACUGAUUUAUUGUUAAAUGCAUGUUUGUGUGCCUUUCUUUUUAAAAAAUGAACGCUCACACAAAGGUAAAGUAGAAUGUGGGGCAAAGAUGGGAGGUUCAAGCUACAGUUUCCAUCGUGGACUUUGAUAAACUCAGUUCCUUGUGCUUGACUGCUUGAAAAAUGUGUUUACUGUUUACACUCUCUGCACUUUGCUGCUCAGACGGUUCUGGCUGUUCCAAAGUUGUGUUUGGAGAUUAUCAACAUAUUCUGUAUGUCACAGUUUGAAUAAGCUAAAAAAGAAAGUUAUUUU